UAAGCAAGCCAUAAUUCAGUAUCCACUAUCUGUAGUUCAUCAGUAGUUGAAUUCACCACUUGAAUAUGAGUCUCAAGCUUGGGGUAGAUGUAGCUGGGGCCCAUAACCUUCUUCCAAAAGAUGGUCAAGGUUCAUCAAGUGCAUUUGUUGAGCUCUUUUUUGAUGGUCAAACUUACCGUACAACAGUCAAAGAGAAAGACUUGGACCCUGUUUGGGAUGAGAGCUUUUACUUCAAUAUUUCCGAUCCUUCAAUGCUCUCAAAUUUCACACUCGACGCCUUUGUGUACAAUAAUGUCAAGGGUACCCAUUCAAGGUCGUUUUUAGGAAAAGUUUCCAUAACGGGAACUUCGUUUGUUCCAUAUUCGGACGCAGUUGUCUUGCACUACCCGUUAGAGAAACGUGGGAUCUUCUCCCGUGUGAGGGGAGAACUUGGGCUUAAAGUUUAUAUAACCGAUGACCCGACAAUAAAGUCUUCUGAACCAGUGGUACACAUGGCUCGAAACUCUGAAACAAAGCCCAAAUUGGUUCAAGAGCCCGUUAAAAGAAGUGAAGUGAGGCAUACUUUCCAUCAUCUCCCUCAUCAGACUCAGGCUCCGGCCAAUACUGCUGUUCCAGCUGCCCCACCGCCUAUGAUGCGAUACGGAUACGAGCAAAUAAAGUCCAACCCUCCACCACCGCCUCCAAAGCUAGUUCAUAUGUACUCAGACUCUGCUUCCCAGCCAGUGGACUAUGCGCUUAAGGAGACAAGCCCCUAUCUGGGAGGUGGGAGAGUUGUUGGUGGGCGGGUUAUUCAUACAGAUAAAGCUUCUUCUACAUAUGAUCUUGUUGAGAAAAUGCAUUUCUUGUUUGUACGGGUUGUGAAGGCUCGUGAUCUUCCUCACAUGGAUAUAACUGGAAGUCUUGACCCAUAUGUUGAGGUUAGGAUCGGGAACUAUAAAGGGGUCACUAGGCAUAUCGAGAAAAACCAAAACCCGAUGUGGAAUAUUGUUUUCGCGUUCUCGAGAGAGAGGAUGCAAGCUUCUGUACUUGACGUUGUGGUUAAAGAUAAGGAUCUGCUCAAAGAUGAUUUUGUGGGGUUUGUUAGGUUUGACCUCAAUGAGGUUCCGUUAAGGGUCCCACCUGAUAGCCCAUUAGCUCCACAAUGGUACCGGCUCGAGGACAAGAAAGGCGACCGGAUUAAGAGUGAGCUUAUGCUGGCAGUCUGGAUUGGGACUCAAGCUGACGAGGCAUUUCCCGAUGCAUGGCACUCAGACGCAGCCACCCCGGUUGACAGUUCAGGGGCAGCAUCAACAUUGAUUCGGUCAAAGGUUUAUCAAGCGCCUCGUCUGUGGUAUGUGCGGGUCAAUGUGGUUGAGGCUCAGGACUUGGUUCCUACCGAUAAGACUCGUUUCCCUGAUACUUAUGUAAAAGCUCACAUCGGGAACCAGGUUAUGAAGACAAAAACAGUCCAGGCCCGAUCACUUAACCCGUUGUGGAACGAGGAUCUGAUUUUUGUUGCUGCUGAGCCCUUUGAGGACCAUCUGAUCCUUACAGUUGAAGACCGCGUGGGUCCCGGAAAAGAUGAGAUUCUAGGAAGGGUGAUCAUACCAUUAAACAUGGUUGAAAAACGAGCUGAUGAUCGGAUAAUCCAUUCUCGGUGGUUUAAUUUGGAAAAGCCCGUCGCCGUUGAUGUCGAUCAGCUGAAGAAAGAUAAGUUUUCUAUGAGGAUUCAUCUCAGGAUUUGUCUUGAUGGAGGUUACCAUGUUCUUGACGAGUCAACUCACUACAGUAGCGAUCUUAGACCAACUGCAAAACAACUGUGGAAGCCGACAAUCGGAGUUUUAGAGCUGGGGAUUUUAAAUGCUGUCGGGCUGCACCCAAUGAAAACCCGAGAUGGAAGAGGGACAUCUGAUACUUAUUGUGUUGCAAAAUACGGGCAUAAGUGGGUCAGAACCCGGACCAUAGUUGACAAUUUGAGCCCAAAGUAUAAUGAGCAGUAUACAUGGGAGGUGUUUGAUACUGCAACAGUACUCACUGUCGGUGUAUUCGAUAACAGUCAGCUAGGGGACAAGGACUCAAGCAGUAAAGAUCUAAAAAUCGGAAAAGUCAGAAUCCGUAUUUCAACACUCGAGGCAGGUAGGGUUUAUACUCAUUCAUAUCCAUUACUCGUGUUGAACCCAAAAGGUGUGAAGAAAAUGGGUGAGGUCCACUUAGCUAUUAGGUUCUCGUGCACAAACUUUGUCAACAUGCUUUAUACUUACUCUCGGCCGUUGUUACCAAAAAUGCACUAUGUCCGCCCAUUCAGUGUGAUGCAACUUGACAUGUUGCGCCACCAGGCAGUCCUCAUUGUAGCAACUCGCCUGGGUCGGGCUGAGCCACCACUUCGGAAGGAGGUGGUAGAAUACAUGUCUGAUGUUGAUUCACAUCUCUGGAGUAUGCGUCGAAGCAAAGCCAAUUUUUUCCGGCUAAUGACAAUUUUUGCACCAUUAUUUGCGGUUUCAAAGUGGUUCGGUGACAUCUGUAUGUGGAGGAACCCAAUCACGACGAUCCUGGUUCACGUCCUCUUCAUUAUGCUCGUUUGCUUCCCUGAAUUGAUCUUGCCAACAGUUUUCCUCUACAUGUUCUUGAUCGGGAUUUGGAAUUUCAGAUAUCGUCCUCGUUAUCCACCCCACAUGAACACAAAAAUUUCACAAGCCGAAGGGGUGCACCCUGAUGAGCUUGAUGAGGAGUUUGACACGUUCCCAACAAGCCGAAACCCGGACCUGGUUCGGAUGAGGUAUGACCGUCUACGAAGUGUGGCAGGGAGAAUACAGACUGUGAUAGGCGACAUUGCAACCCAAGGGGAACGGAUGCAGUCACUGCUGAGCUGGAGGGACCCUCGAGCCACUGCUAUAUUCGUUACCUUCUGUUUAGUAGCAGCAAUUGUGUUAUAUGUUACACCAUUUCAGGCAAUUGCAGCCCUGAUCGGGAUCUAUAUGAUGAGGCAUCCUAGGUUCCGCCAUCGUUUGCCUUCAGUUCCCAUUAACUUCUUCAGAAGGCUGCCAGCUAGGACGGAUAGCAUGCUAUGAGAACCUCAUGUAGCUCAGCUGGAUGGAUGUUUGUUAGGCAACUGAUUGACAAAUAAGAUAUGUUGGUGUAAUCCUUGAUUUAGGUUUUGCUCUGAAGUCUAAAAACUUGAAUAUUUUGGUCCUUUAAUAAAUCUCUAUAUAAUUCUAGUA